AAGUUGAGUGGCAAACCACCCGAUUGUUUACGGGAACAGCUGAUUUUGAUUGACCUGUUGUAUUUUGUCAACACCCGGUUUUUACAUUAAGGUUAAGCUUUAUCGCGGUUUUAUCACUAAAAAUGUCGAAAAGAGGUGUGAAAUCUAGUGAAAACACUGUUGAACGUAUGGAGCGGAUCAACUAUCACAAUGAGCAGAAAAAUAUUAAACCAGGACAAUGUAAUAAGUUUCUUCACGCGGUCAUCGAUCCAGCAUUUCUUCAGAACGAACAUGGGGCCAAAGUGUUGUCCAAGCUUAAUGAUCUGAAUCUGAAAUACGAAAUCAAACAGCAACUGAAACCCCGUGUCAUCACUUUCUACCGCACUACUCAGCAGAACUUAACGAAACAGGGCGGCAUGACCGAGAAGGUCGUUGACCAAAAGUUUAUCAUUUAUCUUCUGCCUGGCGCGGAAUUGGUACAACACGUGAAGGAUGACAACCUUGUGGCAAACAUUGCGCAACUUCUAGACCAUUACCCAGGGAAAACCAUUUUUCUUCUGAUAUUUGGUUUGGUUGCUUAUUGUCGAGAAAACCGGGGAUGUGUUGGUCGGAAGGAAACGGAGGUGGCUCUCACAGAACUACAAUUAUCGAUAAACUGUUCGCAUCAAUUGAUUGAAACAGCAGAUGAGGUUGGCGAUUUGGUAGCCAGAUUGGGGAAGAGCAUGGCAGAGUUGCCUUACAAGCAACAGCAGCAAGCAAAAUACAACCAGGAACAACAUUAUUUGGGCAACGAAAAGAAAGGAUGUGUACGGGUGGAAGGCACUGCUGGAUUGCAUCAAUUGUACCAAAACCAAUUGAUAAAGAUUCCAUCGGUAACUUUGGAAAUAGCAGAAGCCAUCAUUGAGGUGUAUCCGAGUCUAAGUCAGCUGAUUGAUGGGUUUCGUUUUGCAGCGGAUGGUCCAAAUUUGCUAGCAGAAAUUCCCAUCCGUCGUGCAGGCGGGCCGAUUACAAGCUCCAUCCGACGGAUUGGACCUGAAUUGAGUAAGAAGAUCUACAAAGUGUACAGUAGCGUGGAUCCAAAACAAAAGCUAUAGGCGUAUUUUAGUUGGAUUAUUAUCAAUGAUUUCUUUCCAAUAGCAACAUGUGAUAGCGUUUUGUACAAUAAAUCUCACUUAAAUUUAUUUUUUUAAA